AUGAAGUCUUUCCUGGGCCUGUGGGGACUCCUCCUCCUCCUUCCCUUUAUGAAGACUUGUGCUGAUGAUUGGACAGUCAUUCGUCUGCAAUGCACCAAUCACUGGUUCUAUCUCAGGAUUAAGGCUAUAUUAUUUUCCAAUAUAUAUAUGGAACCUGAUGAAGUGUUUUUAGGAAUCGGCUGCCCUGUGUCCACCGUCUGGCCAAAUGAUGUCUAUGACUUUACCUAUCGUACUUACUCCUGUGGCAUUGUCAAUAAAGUUAUUAAUGACGUCAUUCUGCUUGAGACUAAACUCACAUACUUCUCUAGAAACGGUACUCUCCGGGCUGAGAUGCAGCUGUCCUGCGUAAUGCACAGCCGUUAUCCUCUUAUCUGUGAUGCUGAAUGUAGCGGAGAUUUCACUGGCAAUCCUCCUGCGUGGGAAGUAGAUAUGACAAUACCCAGACAUCAGCAAGCUGCUGAUACACGGACGCCAAACUUUUCAACAUCAAAUGAAGAACCCCAGGCCUCCGGAAGCAGCAGGCUUGGGCUGGCUGAAGUUUCUAGCUUCAUGGAUUAG